GGGAGCGCGCGGGCGGCGCGAUGGAGGGAGCGCGGGCGGGCGGCGGCACCGCGCACGUCAGCUUCGUGUGCCAGCGCUGCUGCCAGCCGCUCAAGCUCGACACCUCCUUCAAGGUCCUUGACCGCCUCACCAUCCAGGAGCUCACCGCCCCGCUGGUGACCGCCGCCCCUGCCAGGCCCGGGGACCUGCACGAAGAGGAGAGCGCUCUGACCGAGGAAGCCUUCGUGGAGAACCGGCAGGAUGGCGUGUCCAGGAGGUUCAUCCCGCCAGCCAGAAUGAUGUCAACAGAAAGUGCCAACAGUUUCACGCUGAUCGGAGAGGCCUCGGAUGGUGGCACGAUGGAAAACCUCAGCCGGAGACUGAAGGUCACCGGCGACCUCUUUGACAUCAUGUCUGGGCAGACGGAUGUGGAUCACCCGCUGUGUGAGGAGUGCACUGACACUCUGCUGGACCAGCUGGACACACAGCUCAACAUCACGGAGAAUGAGUGCCAGAACUACAAGAGAUGUCUGGAAAUACUGGAACAGAUGAACGAGGAUGAUAAAGAGAAGCUGCAGACAGAGCUGAAGGAACUGGCACUGGAGGAAGAGCGGCUGAUUCAGGAGCUGGAGGAUGUUGAGAAGAACCGCAAGAUUGUGGCUGAGGACUUUGAGAGAGUCAGGGCAGAGGCCGAGCGGCUGGAGCAGGAGGAGGCUCAGUAUCAGAAGGAAUACUGUGAGUUCAAGAGGCAACAGCUGGAGCUGGAUGAUGAGCUGAAAAGUGUGGACAACCAAAUGCGCUAUGCCCAGAUGCAGUUGGAUAAAUUAAAGAAAACCAACGUGUUUAAUGCAACCUUUCACAUCUGGCACAGCGGGCAGUUUGGCACAAUAAAUAACUUCAGGCUUGGCCGACUCCCCAGCGUUCCUGUGGAAUGGAACGAGAUCAACGCUGCCUGGGGGCAGACUGUGCUGCUGCUGCAUGCCCUGGCCAACAAAAUGGGCCUGAAGUUUCAGAGAUACCGUCUUGUCCCCUUUGGUAACCACUCCUACUUGGAAUCCCUUACUGACAAAUCCAAGGAGCUUCCCCUGUACUGCUCUGGAGGCUUGAGGUUCUUCUGGGACAAUAAGUUUGAUCACGCCAUGGUGGCGUUCCUGGACUGUGUGCAGCAGUUUAAAGAGGAAGUGGAAAAAGGUGAAACCCGGUUUUGUUUGCCUUACAGGAUGGAUGUGGAGAAAGGAAAGAUUGAAGACACAGGUGGCAGCGGUGGCUCUUACUCAAUUAAAACACAAUUUAACUCUGAAGAGCAAUGGACAAAAGCACUAAAAUUCAUGUUAACUAACCUGAAAUGGGGCCUUGCCUGGGUCUCAUCCCAAUUCUAUAACAAGUAACUGUGGUCAGAACUUGGCCUAGCAGCUGUGGAGUGUCUGCAUUGUGUUGGAGAAAAGCAAAUUAAGAUGUCUCUUAAUAUUAACCAGUACAAAAUGUUUACAAUACCAAAAAUCCACAAGACACUUUAAUAAAAAUACCAUUAUUACAUGUAGUUUAUAGAAAAGCAAUAUGCAAAGUUGUAUCACCGAGCUGAACAGAAUAAAACCCAGCUAUUAAAUG